CAUGUCAGUGAAUACAACUAUGACGCGACUUUGGACAAAAGAAGAAACACUAGAAUUCAUUAAAUAUGCAAAAGAAACGUAUACCAAAGAAGAUCGCCAGAAUCUAGAAAAAAAGUUAAGAGGAAGUGCUGAACAUGGAUUAGUAAAAGAAAGCAACAUCGAGCGCUAUAAGCAUGGAUUCGCAAAACAUGAUGAUGACAUUAUCGGAGAAUGUGUAGAACAACUGUGGUACAGUGACGAUAAAAUGGCCAAUGUAGUACAAGAAGCACUUGAAAUGGCCUCACAAUCAUAUGAAAAUGUGAAGAAAAAGGGAUUCAAAGAUGGCCUCAAACUGCCACAAGAAGUGGAUACGCAACUUAUCGCAACAUCCUGGAAACAAGCUUUUACGAAAACCAUUAUCAAGCACACAAUACCACUAAUAGAACAAGUCUGUGCCAGCAGGAGUAGAGAUGGCGGAUUAUGCGCUAUUAGUGAGCAUAACUAUAACUACUUCGAGUCCAAUGUGUUACAUGAUAUCAUCUAUAAAGGUAUAGGAAUAGUGAAUAAGUAUGUGCCAGUGGAUAUUCCCGCUAUCAUGAGAGAGAUGGAGAUGAUGCAAUUCAACGGAGUCUUUACAAAGAAUGUAGAAGCUAAUAAUGCAUAUCAAAACUGCUCUACCGUAUGGCUAAAGUCAGAGCAUCUGAUGCCGCGGCACCAGAAGGAAACUAUAAAAGCUGUUGACAGGAUUAAAACAAUACCAUUUGAACUGUGCAAAAGAUGCAAGAUAAUGCUACAGAUCAUCUCCUACGUGAGGAUAGUGCUAGUAACUGGACCAAACGCAGAAAUAAGGAAACACUGCGAUUCACAAAAUUCCGGUGUCAUGUUUACAGUGCUUUAUGUAGCCGGUAUGCAGGCAGCAGAGGAUCUAGACCUCAACGUAACACUGGAUGGAGCCACAAGUAAAAUAAAACUUGAGCCAAAUAUGCUCAUUAUAUUGAGAAACAAUGUAACAUACGAACUGAAACCACUACAAGGCAAGGUGUUCUUCAUAAGUGCAUGGAUCACUGGUGCUAAAUAGCAUCACCAGCCCAGAACCUACACUGAUAAUUAUCACUCAACUA